AUGGUUCUGACGUCAAGUGAGCAGGAGGUUAUCCUUGACAUGUGUAAGAAGAUUGCCCCUCGUGCGGAUGAUCUGGGUGGUGAGGCUUUUGACCGGCUUUUCCUGUCCUUCCCCCAAACCAAAAUUUACUUUAGCCACUUUGACCUGACCCCUGGCUCUGAUGACAUCAGGGCUCAUGGUGGCAAGGUUAUGAAAGCUCUUCAUAAUGCAGCCAAACAUCUGGAUGACCUUCCUCGCAAAUUGUCCUCCCUCAAUGACCUGCAUGCACAGAAACUAAGGGUGGAUCCAGGACAAUUUAGGCUGCUGUCUCGCUGUAUCCAGGAGGUCUUGGAUUAUCACUUCCCUAAUGAUUUCACAGCUAAAGUUCAGGCUACCUGGGAAAAAUUCCUUGUUGAAGUUUCUGGUGUCCUAACUGCCCAGCACAGUUGA